AUGCUAUGUGGAAGAAGGGCUCUUGCAGCCAAUGACCUGGAUAAACAGUUUGUGACUAAAACAGACGUAGGCGCAUUCGAGGAGACUGAGAGUCCAAUUGAAGAGAGACGCGCCUACAAGGUGUUUCAGGAUAUCGGGCUGGCCAGGGCCACGAAGGGUGCAAAAGUUUUCAUUGCGAUGAAGGGUGCAUCCGAUUCAGGGCUCUUUAUCCCUCAUUCGCCUUCUAAAUUUGUAGGGUGGGAUGGAGAAGACCUACAGGCUGAGGAAUUGGCAAACAGAAUUUUUAUGAAGGAGAACUGUUCGUACAUGGAGCACCUGAAGGAGAACGACGAGGAGAAGUACAAGUUGCAGUUUGGUGGAUACGUGGCAAAGAAGAUUGAGCCAGGAUCCAUCGAGGCCAUUUAUAAGAAUGCAUUGAAGAAGAUUGGAGCAGAAGGAGCAAAGGUGGAGAAGAAGAAGGCGGAAUACAGUGGCAAGAAGUACGAGAACAAGAAGAAGAUUUCACUAGCAGAGAGGAAGGAGAGAGUUGCAGCAAGGCUGGCUGAAGAAUGA